AUGCAAGAAAGAACCGAACGCAGCGCCCGCGGUCCGGAAUCGCAGUUCGAACAAGGCCACCAAAUCCCAAUCCAGCACCACAAAAAACCCGGUCUACAGGCUGAGCUCGAGGACCCGAAACCGCAAUCGACCCAACUCCCCACCGAAGACAAUGGCUACCAAACAUACAAAGCAGCUGGUAAAUUAACGGGCAAGAAAGCCAUUAUCACAGGCGGCGACUCGGGGAUCGGUCGCGCCAUUGCCAUCCUGUAUGCCAUGGAGGGCGCGUCGUGCCUGAUUACCUAUCUACCGGAAGAAGAGGAAGAUGCGAAAGAGACGAAACGACGGGUCGAGGAACUAGGACAAAGCUGCUAUACUUUGGCUACAGAUCUGAGGGGGAAGGAGAAUUGUCGCAAGGCCGUUGAGACCGCGCUGGAGAGAUUGGGCGGUAUUGAUAUCCUGGUGAAUAAUGCGGGGACUCAGAAUAUGGUCGAGGAUAUUAAGAGUUUGGAGGAAGAUCAAUGGGAAGAGACGUUCGAUACGAACAUUCACUCUGUGUUUUACAUGUCCAAGUACACGAUGCCGCAUCUGAAGAACGGCUCGACGAUUAUCAAUUGUGCUUCGGUGAAUUGCUACAUUGGACGCCCUGAUCUUAUCGACUAUACUGCGACUAAGGGCGCAAUGGUCGCUUUUACGAGGGCGCUCUCUAAUCAGCAGGUUGGGAAUGGGAUUCGUGUUAAUUGCGUUUGUCCUGGACCAGUUUGGACUCCUCUUAUCUCCGCGACUAUGACAACGGAAGCAAUGGAAAAUUUCAGUGGAACGCCGAUGGGUCGUCCGGGACAGCCGAGUGAAGUUGCUACCUGCUUUGUAUUCCUUGCUAGCCAGGAUAGUAGUUUUAUCUCUGGUCAAUCCUUGCAUCCUAACGGUGGAGUGGUGGUUAACGGAUAA